GUUUUCUAUUCUGCACCAGGUUUUCCAAUUUCGUUCAUUUUCUGCGCCAUGUUCAGCAAGUGACAAUUUUGCAAGCCGGUGUGCUGAAAGAUGCGAGACAACAUGUCCUUAUCGUGGCAACCUCAAGAAGAUGGGCUUCGGCAAAUUUUGCAGCUUCUGAAAGAAUCACAGUCUCCCGAUACUGCUACUCAGAGGGCAGUCCAGCAAAAAUUAGAGGAACUGAACAAGUACCCUGACUUCAAUAACUACCUUAUUUUUGUUCUUACGAAGCUCAAGACAGAAGAUGAGCCCACACGUUCCCUGAGUGGCCUAAUCUUGAAGAACAACGUGAAGGCUCACUUUGAGAAGUUUCCGAAAGAAGUGGGGGAUUUCAUUAAGGCAGAAUGCCUGUCCAGCGUAGGGGACAGCUCCCCACUCAUCCGAGCAACCGUCGGCAUCCUCAUCACAACCAUCGCGUCCAAAGGGGAGCUGACGCAGUGGCCAGAACUUCUUCCGCAGUUGUGCCAGCUUCUCGACUCAGAGGAUUACAAUGUGUGCGAGGGUUCCUUCGGAGCCCUGCAGAAAAUAUGCGAAGAUUCAGCCGAGAUGUUGGACACGGAUGCAUUAAACCGUCCCCUGAACGUACUGGUUCCCAAGUUCCUGCAGUUCUUCAGGCACAGCAGUCCCCGGAUCCGCUCCCACGCUCUGGCUUGCAUCAACCAGUUCAUCAUCAACCGUACCCAGGCACUCAUGCUGCACAUUGACACGUUCAUUGAGAACCUUUUCCACCUGGCAUCGGAUGAGGACUCCGAGGUGCGCAAAAAUGUGUGCCGUGCUCUAGUCAUGCUCCUGGAGGUUCGAAUGGACCGACUAAUCCCUCACAUACACCAAAUCAUUGAGUACAUGUUGAUGAGGACGCAAGAUGCGGAUGAAGGAGUCGCACUGGAAGCCUGCGAGUUCUGGCUGUCCCUCGCGGAGCAGCCCAUCUGCAGGGAGACGCUGAGCCCCCACCUGAACCGCCUCGUCCCCAUUCUAGUCCGCGGCAUGAAGUACUCCGAAAUCGACAUUAUCCUUCUCAAGGGCGACGUUGAAGAGGACGAGAUGAUUCCUGAUCGCGAAGAGGACAUCAGGCCUCGGUUCCACAAGUCACGAACUCACAGUCAGAAGCACAUGGAUGAAAACAUUGAUGAGGAUUCUGGGUCGGACGAUGGGUUGGACGACGACAACACAUUAUCUGAUUGGAAUCUGAGGAAAUGUUCGGCAGCUGCCCUCGACGUACUGGCAAACGUUUUCCACGAAGAGCUGCUAACUGUUCUUCUGCCCAUCUUGAAGGAAACACUUUUCCAUCAAGGUUGGGAGAUCAAGGAGUCUGGCAUCUUGGCCCUCGGUGCUAUUGCAGAAGGGUGUAUGGCUGGGAUGGUCCCACAUCUGCCCGAGCUCAUACCGUACCUGAUCAGUUGCUUGAGCGACAAGAAGGCUCUGGUGAGGUCGAUCACGUGCUGGACACUGAGUCGAUAUUCCCACUGGGUCGUUGGGCAACCGCACGACCACUACCUCCAGCCACUCAUGACCGAGCUCCUUCAGAGGGUCCUCGAUGCCAAUAAGAGGGUGCAAGAAGCGGCUUGUAGCGCGUUUGCCACCCUGGAGGAGGAAGCGUGCACAGAAUUGGUUCCUUACCUCAGUUUCAUCCUGGAGACCUUGGUCUUUGCUUUCAGCAAAUACCAGCACAAAAAUUUGCUCAUCUUGUACGACGCCAUUGGAACUCUGGCCGAUUCAGUCGGACAUCAUCUGAAUAAACCAGAGUACAUCAAUCUACUAAUGCCACCUCUAAUAGAGAAGUGGAAUGUCCUUAAGGAUGACGAUAAAGAUCUCUUUCCUUUACUUGAGUGUCUUUCUAGUGUCGCAACAGCCCUCCAGUCCGGGUUCCUUCCCUACUGUGAACCAGUGUUCAGGAGAUGUGUCUCGCUUGUGGAACAGACGCUCAAUCAAAACAUGGCGAAUGCUGCUCAUCCAGACCAAUUUGAGGCUCCGGACAAGGACUUUGUAAUCGUUGCCUUAGACCUCCUGAGUGGAUUAGCGGAGGGAUUAAAUGGUCACAUGGAGUCUCUCGUCAUGUCCUCUAAUAUUAUGCAGCUUCUUUACCAGUGCAUGCAGGAUCUAAUGCCUGAAGUGCGGCAAAGUUCGUUUGCUCUCUUGGGCGACCUUACGAAGGCGUGCUUCCAGCAUGUGAAUCCUUGUGUGUCCGAUUUCCUCCCCAUCCUGGGUCAGAACCUGAACCCGGAGAUAAUCUCUGUGUGCAAUAAUGCCACGUGGGCAAUUGGAGAAAUCUCCGUGAAACUGGGGAGAGAUAUGAAACCAUACAUCCCUAUGGUACUGAGCCAGCUCGUAACCAUCAUCAACCGACCCAACACGCCCAAGACGUUGCUGGAGAACACUGCCAUAACAAUCGGGCGCCUUGGUUACGUAUGUCCCGAGGAAGUCGCACCAAUGUUACAGCAGUUUAUUCGCCCGUGGUGCUCAUCGCUGCGCAACAUCCGCGACAACGAAGAGAAGGACUCCGCGUUCCGCGGCAUCUGCAGUAUGAUCAGCGUGAACCCCGCAGGGGUGGUGCAGGAUUUCAUCUUCUUCUGCGACGCUGUGGCAUCUUGGGUGAACCCCAAGCCAGAUCUGAAGCAGACCUUCCAUGAGAUCCUUCACGGCUUCAAGAACCAGGUCGGCCAUGAAAACUGGCAGCAGUUUGCUGAGCAGCUCCCACCUGCUCUGAAGGAACGACUCAGCGUCAACUAUGGUGUCUGAAGAGGUGAUCGUCGUCACCUCCACGGGGCAAGGGUUGGGACGCAUCGUGGGGACUUCGAGAGACUAAAGUCGCGUGCGGGCUAAAUCGCGCCGACCGUAGGUACAGCUAGCGCCGACCGCUAGCGCUACAUCUGGGGAUGUGAACCCCGUCGAAAGGUUCGCCAACAGGUACGGGCAUUGCUACCCGGAAAAAAAAAAAAAAAAAACAGAGUCUUCGGGGGCUCUCGCGUUGUGGGAGGGGGGUCCGCAACCCCCUCCGCAGUUGUACAAAUUGUCACUCGCGUCGGGUAAUCGCGGAAAACAGUGGCUUCGGGGCGUGUUCACGUUUUUUUUUGCUCAUGCAGGUUGCACCAAUAUUGUUACGGCACAUUAGCGUUAUUGCUAAAGCACGUAACACGCGAAGUACACGUAAGCACAUACGAGGGUUGCAGGAAGGUGGGGGGGGGGGGGCGUUUACGCUCUUCGAAAGUGUGUCGCAAGACUUUACUUUCUCAGCGACUGUGGUUGUUUAGUCAGGAUGGUCUAGCAGGGUUUACACGGGUCUGGCCUAUGGUUACGUGCUCCCCUGGGUAACUUCCCCUCACGUGGGCACGUGCCGUCGUUAUCUUCAGAUUUUUCACUAGCAUCACGAGUCUUAAAAUUGUUUUCCGUUUACUGGAGUGCGUUUUUUUUUUUUUUUUUUUCUCCGUCCCUCUUUAUUUUUCCGAUAAACCGCACCGUGUUUGGGCGAUGUGCUCUGGUUCGGCGACGGCCUGAAGCGACGGACUUGUCUGCGCACGCGCGUCAGAGGGAAGCCAUCUUGCCAACUAGAUGAUGAUGCAUCUGCCAAAUUCCUUCAAGUCAUUGCAGCUCUGAGAAGGAAAAAAAAAUUGUACCAACAUAUCUUGGAAGAAGACAAUUUAGUGAUUGUUCUUUUUUUUUGCUUUUUAAUGUGAUUGUUGAAAAAUCCUCAUUGCGCGUGCCAUGGGCAGCUUUGUCUCACAUUUUUUUAAACGAGUGCGUGUACUUAAAAGUUAUUUUUUAAGAAAACGGUGUACAGAGUGAAUUUGCCUUUGUUUUUAUGUACUACACCUCAAAGUUCCUUGCGCCUUCUUUUUUUUUUUUUUUUGCCGGGUCUCCGGCAACACUGUACUGGUCAGCUUAGGUAAUGAAAAUUGAACUACUUUCG